CUAGUAAACUCAUAUCAUAACAAUCGCUGCAGCGCUUGGAACGCUACUAGCGGCGCGCAGCGCUGUAUCAAGAAAACUUGCGCCUUUCCUUGAUAGAUCUUACUGAUUGCAUAUAUACAGCUACAAUCUUAAAACGUAUACUUCUGAAAACGCGCGGGGAUAUCGGCCGCCGAACAUGGUGCACGCCAGCUACCAGGCCGUGGUCCUGGCCGGUGGCGAGGACCAAAUUCUAUACCCGCUUACCACAAACACGGUGAAGGCGCUGCUGCCGGUGGCCAACAAGCCGCUGAUCUCCUACCCCCUGCGGACGCUGGCGGAGGCCGGCCUGCGCAGCGCCAUCCUGGUGGUCAUCGGUGAGAAGGCCGCGGCCAGCGUGCGCGAGUGGAUCAGCACCGAGUACGCCGGCUCCCCGGGGGCUCUGGCCUCCUGCGAGGUGGUGUCGGUGCCGGAGGGGUACGGCACGGCGGACGCGCUGCGUGCCGUGGCCAGCCGCAUCACCAGCGCCAGCUUCGUGGUGCUGUCGGGCGACCUGCUGACGGACGUGCCGGUGGGCGCACUGGUGGCGCAGCACAACCUGCACGCCAGCGCAAUGGCCACCAUGCUGCUGGCGCACCGCCGAGUCAGCCCAGCCAGCGAGACCAAACCCGGCAAGCCGCCCAAGAACGUGGACUACAUCGGCCUGGACCCCAGCCGCCAGCACCUGCUGUUCUACGCGUCCAGCCCAGACGCACUGAGGGACCUCAAGGUGCCGCUGCCCACCGUGCGGCGCUACGGCCACAUGUCCAUCAGCUCCAACUACGUGGACGCACACCUUUACAUCUUCAACAGGUCUGUACUCCAGAUCCUGGCGGACAACCCCAAGCUGUCCAGUCUGCGGCAGGACAUGCUGCCCUACCUCACACAGAACCAGUUCCGAAUCAUCCGGGCGCAACAGCUCGCCAGCAGCGCAGCAGUCAUGGCCGCCAGCAGCGGCGGGGGCGCGGGCGCGGCGGCGGGCGCCAGCGGCGGCGAGGCGGGCGGCAGCGGCGCAGGCGCGGGUUCUGGGGGCGUGGGCGGCGCGGGCGCGGGCGCCAGCGGCCUGCUCACAGCGCCGUCGACUGAGAUGGAGACGGACGCCGCCAGCGACCUGCGCUUCAACCUGCACAGCGAGCUGCCGGGGGCGCACUACAUGGACAUGAGCCACGGCGCCGCGGAGCCGCCGGUGCCGGAGAGCCUGCUGCGGGUGCAGGUGGUGGGGCCGGACGACGGGUACUGCGCGCGCGUGCAGGAUGUGCAGAUGUACGGCGAGGUGAACCGCGAGGUGGCGGACCCGGGCGUGGCGCUCAAGCUGAGCGGGCUCAAGCCGGGGCGCCACGACAACAUCGUGCCCGCCUCCUGCGCCCUGGGCAACAAGUGCACGGUGGCGGCGGCCUGCAUCCUGGGCGAGGGCUGCGUCGUGGGCGACAAGAGCUCCAUCAAGCGCUCCGUGCUGGGCGCCGGCGUCAGGCUGGGCGCCAACGUCAAGGUGAUCAACAGUGUGCUCAUGGACGGCGUGUCGGUGGGCGACGGCGCGCACGUGCAGAACAGCGUCCUGUGCCGCAGCGCCAGCGUGCAGGCGGGAGCCACACUCAAGGACUGCCAGGUCGGCAGCGGCUGCGUGGUGGCGGGCGGCGUGGAGUAUAAGGGCGAGGUGCUGGUCACCAAGGGCGCGGCGGCGGGCAGGUGAUGGGCAGCUGGUGUCCGAUUCUGUGCCAUGUGACGGACUCGGAGUGGAGUGCUAGUUAGUAGCGCGUGGCGUGGUAGUGCGUACAGGUGUUUCGCGUGUUGCAGGGCUGGCAGAAUUGCGUACACAUGCACACUGUUUCGCGAAGGGUCUUGCCUGCCGGCUUGUGCUGAGCAUGUAUCAGUUGUACUGAUCACUAGUGUCAGCGCGAUGCGCUCAGUUCAGUUGUGACUGGGCCGCGCAGUAGCUAGGGUCGUCAGCAGGUCAUGUCGAGCGGUGGGCUGUGGGCCGCUUUGCUGGUUCCAGUGUUUGGACAUGUCACAACACACAGACGCAUCCGCCUGAUAUGUGUGCGGCUGGUUCCUCUGCGACGUGCAGGUGCGGCUGCUGCGCGGGGCAAAUACACUAGGCUGUGGGGGCAGGCUCAACUACCUCGGCCUGGGUUCGUGACUGAAAGAGGUGCAGAUUACUUCAUGUGGGAUGUUGAUGAGUGUUCAAGAGAGCGUGACAUCUAGAAGUGAGGGAGCUUCGCGUCUGUAACACCGGAUUGGUCUAGUUUAUGCACUCUGCUCUUUCAUGUGUCCUUCAUACGCUAGCAUCUAUCUAGAGCUUGCCUAAGCGGAUGAUGCGGGCCGAUAGAUACGACUCAAGCAGCAACCACAUAUGCUCCGGUCCGCGCCGUACACAGCUACUCAGCCACACAAACCCUCACUUCCAUACAUGAGUCUUAACAUUACGUCCGCAUGACACAGUACAAAACCAGAUGGCCGCUCACACUUGGGAUGGCAGUGUUUGAUGCCUCGGGACUGGGCCACUUGCCUAUCUUCCCCGUCUCCACAUGCCUCCGUGCUCCGGGCGUGGCACAGCACACACCUGCUCCAUGCCCACCAGCCUCUCAUCAGUGCUCACAUUAUCAGCCGCCGGCUUCAUGUGAUAUGGGCUCAAAAAUCGGCACUAGUGCAAGACACGGUCCUGUCCGCAGCAGCUUACAUCAAAGUAUAUAUCAUAUAGGUGGUCAUUAGGGCGGUGACGACUAGGACGCGGCGGCAGGCGGCGGUGACGAUCGCCCCAGCACCUCCACCAUCACCUUGCGCUGUUGCGGCAUCCCGCCGCCUGCUGGCCCGGCGGCCGUCUCCGGCUGCGGCGCCCACGACAGCCGGACCAGGUCCCCAUCCUGCAUGCCCGUGUCCUGGAGGAAGCGCGACAGACCGGCCAUGCGGAGCUGCGCGGCGGCACGACGGUGGGAGGGUGCGCGUUAGAUGCCUGGGAGAAGUGCUGGCGCCGGUAAUCACGCCUGCCUGCUCAAGUAAGUGCAAGCUCUCAGCGCCACUUACGAUGAAGCUGUUUCUGGUCGAGUUGGUGGAGAUCUUGACCUCAUACGUACUGAGCCUCCCGUCCGGCCGGCGCAUGUAGAUGUGCACGGAGCAGCUGCCUUUCCCGCCGUUCGCGACCAGCUCCGCGCAGGCCUUAGGAAAAUAUUUGCGCAGGGUGUUGAUACCGUACAGGUGCGAGCGGGAUCCCUGUGUUAGGUGCAGUGUGUCUGACUCCUCCUUGACUUUGGGCUGCUUGGCUACUGCUGCCUUGUCUGGCGCGGGUGGCUGAGCAGCUGGAGGGGGAGUCGCUGCGGCGCCGCUCCCGCUUCCAGGGAAGUCCGAGGAAUGAGGGCGCGCCUGAACUGAACAACGCGGUGGGGGCGGGUCGUGUCAGUCCUGACUGUCACGUCACUCGGCACACGAGAACCGCUAUCGCCAUCACCUUUGCGCGUCAUCUCUGAGCUGCGUUGUCAUUUCGUAAGGCUGCCGAAUAACUUGCCUGGCUGAUCACCAGGCGCGUCGUGUGCCAUGCCGUGGACCCGAAAGCAGACAUGCGGACAUUUCCCUUCACCUCAACCGCCACCGCGCAUUUAUUCCUGCAGCCCAGAGUUCUUGCGUGUACUGCAGGACUAGCUAGCGUCAGCAUUUUUGCCACGGCUCUGGAGUUGAGGCUGGUUGAGUGAAUGGAUGCGUGUCACGGAUGGCUAUUUACUUUGAGUGUUGUUCUUGAAACUUGUGUGGCUUUGAAUUUGUUACUUUGUUUGUGAUGCUUACGGUAACCACAAGAAGUUUUAGGGGCUGAAACGGUGUGGCGAUGCAUGACCAGAUGCAUGACGGAGCGACGGUUUGCUUCCAUGAACAAGUACACAAAGUUCAUCGUGGACACGCCUGUGCAGCUUUGAGUACUAGCAAGAACAGAGCUGUGAAUAUUCAACCCAAGCUACAACCGCUAGAGAAAUCAGUCAUGUCAUGUCGUCCGGCCCCGUUGUUCGCCAAAGGUCGAGCGCAGGGUGUUGGAUUCGCAGAACCGGCCUCUUGGGGACAGGCACUCCACGGCUGCACGGCAUACCUGGUCAAGACAGGGGUUAUGUCCUGGCGUGCCAUGUCUGCUCGGCCUCAACCCGGGUUCAC